AUGGCGUCUUCAUCUAAACAACAUGUUGGUUCAUCUUCUCAACAACAAGAACAAGAUCAACCGCAACAACAGAAUGUUCCUCAAAAGACGUGUCUAAUUCCUAUGGAUGAAUUAGAAGUUCUUGCUGAAAUGAUGGUCGAUUUUGACAAUCUCGAAGAACAUGACAUUCAUCUGAUGGAAGACAUGAAAUUUCAAGGAUGGGAAAAUUUCUUCUAUCGUUUGUGUGGACCAGUUUACCCAGAUUUGGUCAAGGAGUUCUGGGUUCAUGCUUCAAUCAUACUAAAGACAAUUUUGUCCUUUGUUCAUGGUGAAGAAAUAUCUAUCACUAAAAAUCUUCUCAGAAAAUUAUUUGGUCUGGAAAUUGUUGAAGGUGCUUCUAGAGCAAUCAUUGGAAGAACAGAUUGGAAUGUUGUUUACACAGAAAUUUUCAAAGAUGGAAAAGAGCCUACAGUCAUCAAGGAAUUGAAGGAUUCCUACAGAGUUUGGGCAAAGAUCCUCCUGGGUUGCAUGUACCAUAGAAAAGCAACUGUUUCUUCAAACUAUGUGAACAAGGACCAACAAUACAUUAUCUAUCUUAAACUCUGCAAAGAAGAAGGCUCUGAAUAUGAUCCUGUGUGGAUAAGCAACAAAAAGCUUGUCACUACAGCUGAUCAAGUUCCAGAAACAGAGGAAUAG